GGGACAGCAGGAAAGCCGGGACCCCGGGGACAGAGAGGACCCACGGGACCCCGUGGUGAAAGAGGGCCGAGGGGACCAACUGGUAAAGCAGGACCAAAGGGCAACUCAGGAAGCGACGGCCCCCCAGGACCACCCGGUGAACGGGGUCCGUUAGGAGCAGCGGGACCUACUGGAUUCCCCGGCCCUAAGGGUCCACCGGGUCCUCCUGGAAAGGACGGGCUGCCCGGACACCCUGGCCAGAGAGGAGAGACUGGUUUCCAAGGUAAAACUGGACCUCCCGGACCCCCAGGUGUAGUCGGACCUCAGGGACCAACAGGUGAAACAGGACCAAUGGGAGAGCGAGGCCACCCUGGACCCCCAGGACCACCUGGUGAACAGGGUCUGCCUGGACAAGCAGGAAAAGAGGGAGCAAAGGGAGAUCCCGGUCCUGCAGGACCCACAGGUAAAGACGGACCUCCAGGGCUGCGAGGGUUUCCAGGAGAGAGAGGUUUACCAGGCCCUGUGGGGUCUGCAGGUUUGAAAGGGAGUGAAGGACCUCCAGGGCCACCUGGACCCGCUGGUUCUCCUGGUGAACGUGGUGCUGCUGGCCCUGCUGGUCCUACCGGCCUCCCGGGCCGACCCGGACCUCAAGGACCCCCGGGCCCCUCUGGAGAGAAAGGUGGACCUGGCGAGAAAGGACCUCAAGGCCCAGCUGGUAGAGACGGUAUUCAGGGACCUGUGGGACUUCCAGGCCCAGCCGGACCCAUCGGACCCCCGGGAGAGGACGGUGAUAAGGGCGAGCUUGGAGAGCCGGGACAGAAGGGAAGCAAAGGUGACAAGGGCGAGCAGGGUCCUCCAGGGCCCGUCGGUAGCCAGGGUCCUUCAGGUCAGCCGGGUCCACCUGGUGCUGAUGGAGAGCCAGGUCCCAGAGGUCAGCAGGGUCUGUUUGGGCAGAAGGGAGAUGAGGGUUCACGAGGCUUCCCAGGACCACCAGGACCUGUCGGCCUUCAGGGAUUGCCUGGACCCCCGGGUGAGAAGGGAGAGACUGGUGACGUCGGUCAGAUGGGUCCACCCGGUCCUCCUGGCCCCAGAGGCCCCUCCGGACCCCCAGGAGCCGAUGGACCACAGGGACCCCCGGGAGGAAUCGGCAACCCAGGAGCCGUGGGAGAGAAGGUGAUCCGCAUCAGCGCCAUGAACAAAUCACUAUCAUUUCAUUUUAAUUAGAAACUGACGUCCUUA